UCUGUUUUGUCAACUUCUACAAGCACAAGCCGUGACGCUGCGACAACAUCUGAAAUGUCAAUUACAACAACUGAACAAAGCACUACACUUUUGCCAACAACCUCAUCAACAGUUCAAACAUCUGUUUUGUCUGGUUUGCCAUCAACUUCUACAAGCACAAGCCGUGACGCUGUGACAACAACUGAAAUGACAAUUACAACAACUGAACAAAGCACUACACUUUUGCCAACAACCUCAUCUACAGUUCAAACAACAUCUGUU